CCCCCCCCGGCGAGAUCGCUCUGCGGGAUGGACCCUGCCAGCUGCAUUCUCCCAGGACCCAUCGUUUAGCGUUUUCUGCAAGCUUCUCCACAUUCCUCAGUCCCUUGUCCGAUCCCUGAUCACCACCGAGGGUCGCAAACCCUCGUUGCCUCGCGCCCUCCGUUCGUUUGCAGCAUCGCGAUCUGCCAGCUUCAUGUCCAAUGCAUAGCCCCCAACUUCUCGCAUAACCUGGGGUUAGGUCUACGACGUCGGUUUCGCAUAUUAGUCCCAUCCCACAUCGGUAUAUUUUAGGAGAUAUCGAUCAAAUACCGGGCUCGGGACUUGAUCAUGGCGUCCUCGGUAGCUGGCGGCUAUCCCCAGCCACCCUCUUCCCCUCCCCCGGUAUAUCUCCGUUCUUCUCCUCCCAUCCCCCCCGCGCAUCGUGAAUUACCCCGGCGCGACAGCUCCAGUCGCCCAUUGAGCAUGGCAUCCCCCCGGAAGUCGCUGCCAGUCCCCUCAUCCGCGGCACAAAAUGAAAGACAAAGCCAACCAUAUUCGGUUCCAAGAGUGAGGAUCCACGGCGAGACUGAUCAGCCAGUGGUGCACGUUCACGACGAAGAUCCUCCGUCCGACCUGCCCACAAAUUCGUUUGCCAACAUGUCACUUUCGGAUGAGCCUCAGGCGUACAAUAAAAGCAUCGACGGGUCGUCUCCACCUCAGGCGGAUAUCUAUGGAGCUUCGCGGAGACCAGAACAUUCGACAUAUGGGCAUACACCCACCAGCAGCGCCUCGUGGUCGGUUGUAGAUCCACAGGUUCAAGAGGAUAGUCUGCCGAAUACCAGCACGUCAUCUUUGGACCAUGGUGCCGCCAAAGAGAGUCAAACCAGCUCCUCGCGUGGCAGUCUCGACAGUGCAGAACAAGCGUCGGACUUUUGUGAGCCCCUGCAUUACCAUCACCGCCCUUAUGAAGCACCUCAACCUGCAACACAAUCGUCAUCUACAGGUGGAUCGGCUGAACAUCUUCCUACGUCGAAUGGUCGUCCAUCUGCCAAGCGUCGCUCCCAAUCGACGUACUCGGCCGGUUCGGACCUGGGUGAAAGGCGGAAAUCUUCCCAGCUCUCCCCAUAUCUCCAGACGAGGGACCAUAGCACAUCCCCGGACGUCCGGCCAGUGUCCUUUGUCGAACAGCUCAACAGCUUCUAUCCCCAACCAGGCCCGGCGCCUGUCCAAUUCGGCAACUCCCAACUGCAAUCCGCUGUCGGCAAUAAUGCAUCGUUGUUGAGUCAUAAGCAGACUUUUGAUAUGUAUCUGGCCAACGUCAAGAAAACCGAUGAUCCCGCAAUUCAAUAUGAGUUUGCAAUUUUCAUGAUCAACGCGAUGCUGGAAAUGCCCCCAGACGGGGUUGAUGCAGGCGAAUCCGCAGUAUAUGUCCGGACGGCUGCUGAAAUCACCCGUGCAAGCCUGUUGCGAGAGUCCAAGUCAAUCCUCCAGCGUCUGUCGGAUCGCAGCUAUCCCUUUGCACAGUACUACCUAGCUGAUGGAUACGCAUCGGGAUUGUUCAGCAAGGGAAAAGAGGAUUAUGAUCGGGCGUUCUCGCUGUUUCUGGCUGCGAGCAAACAUGGACAUGUUGAGGCAUGCUAUCGGACGGCGCUGUGCUACGAGUUCGGAUGGGGUACCCGAGUCGAAGCCACCCGGGCCCAACAGUUCUACCGCCAAGCAGCGUCCAGAAACCAUCCGGGUGCAAUGUUACGGAUGGCCAAAGCCUGUUUGGCCGGCGACAUGGGCCUCGGGAAGCGAUAUCGGGAAGGAAUCAAGUGGAUGAAACGCGCCACCGAUUCAUCCGAUACUCAGUACAAUUCCGCGCCAUAUGAGUUGGGACUCAUGCACGAAUCGGGAUAUGGCGAUGACGUGUUUCCCGAUCCUUCCUACGCGGCCCAGCUAUUUACCAAGUCAGCGGACUUAGGCCACGUAGAGGCGAGCUAUCGCUUAGGUGAUGCAUACGAGCAUGGAAAACUCAACUGCCCUCGGGACCCGGCCUUGUCGAUCCAUUUCUACACGAAUGCUGCGCAAGGUGGGCAUCCUCUGGCCAUGAUGGCACUGUGUGCGUGGUACCUCAUUGGUGCAGAGCCAGUACUGGACAAGGACGAGGAUGAAGCGUAUGAAUGGGCCAAGCGUGCAGCGGAGACUGGUCUUACAAAGGCACAAUAUGCAGUCGGGUAUUUUACGGAAACCGGGAUUGGCUGCCGGCGAGACCACCUGGCUGCCAACGCGUGGUACGUCAAGGCAGCGGAGCAAGGCGACAUGCGGGCGAAACACCGGAUUGCCGCCAUACGAGCCGCUGCAGACGGAGUUAGACCUGAAAAGGCUAUUGCAGAUGCAGAGAACCAGAAACCAGAAGGCAAAACGAAGCGGUUUCGCAUAUUCUAAACCUCGUAUAUCUACGAUCACCAUGCGAUGAUGCCGCACAUAUUACAACAUAUCAAUACAUUUCACACCAUAAACAACAUGUUGGAAGUAAGGAAUCUACAAAGUCUUUCGGCGCACAUAUCGGCAUCUUGCUUCUGAUUCACCAAGCGACUGUCUUGAGCCAUGUUUCAGCAUUACUGGGGUUGUCUUGUACAAAUCAUGUAUUCGAGGAUAAUUUGUUUGCACAUAUAAUGGGAC